GCCAUCUCGGCCCUCAAGACUGGGGCCGACUUGUCGUAUGUCUUCUGCAGCCGAGACUCGGCGCCUAUCAUUAAAUCCUAUUCUCCAGAACUCAUUGUAUAUCCGGUUCUCGAUUCGGAUAAUGCCGUCGAAGAGAUCGCAGCGGUUCUGCCGAAACUGCACGCAGUGGUCAUCGGCCCCGGAUUGGGACGCAAUGACCGCACUCUGGCUAAUGUCGGCGCUGUCAUCGACCGCAUCAAAGAGCAGGACAUCCCGAUGGUGUUGGACGCGGACGCCCUCUACUUCGUGUCCAAGUGUCCGGAGAUAGUCCGCGGCUAUAGUAAAGCCAUUUUGACGCCAAACGUGGCUGAGUUCGACCGCUUGUAUGCAUCGGUCUAUCGGUCGGAACCCAACAAAAGCGAAGACCCGAACGCAGCACUCCUCCAGUUGUGCCGCACUUUAGGCAACAUUACGAUUGUCCGCAAAGGACACGAAGACACCAUUAGUGACGGACACAGUAUAGUGACCUGCAAUGAGAGGGGAAGUCCGCGUCGGUGCGGAGGACAGGGAGACCUGUUGUCGGGCUCUAUGGGUGUCUUCUCCUAUUGGAGU